AUGUGUCAUUCAAUAACCUGGUACUAUAGCAAAUGUCUUCACGAAGAACCAGAUUCAAGCUCAGAAAACCCAUGUGACAAAGCCCUUCGAAGAGGUUACGAAUGUAUGGACGGUUAUGCUACCGAGUUUAACCUCCCAUUGUUCGGGCAAUGUCUAGAAUGCAAAAUUAAGAAACUCUUGAGUCGACAGAACCUCCUCCGCACAUUGAAGACCAGGAAACGACUGGAUAAUAUCAACGAUGAAGCAAAAUAUAGUGAAGAAGACGAAAUCUCUGACAGCGAGGCCGAGAGUGAAAGUGGUAUCGAUUUGAAUAUGCCUGCAUUCCGGAAUUUUGCUCCUCCCAAUUCAGCUGAUACCAUUGAAAGGCUGGAGGAAUGGGCUGAACUCCAUGAUGGAUUGGCUCGGAGGACUGAAGUAAUUAUUCCUACAGCCCCUGUUGUUUCAUAUAAUGCUCUUAUUGAAGAUCUCGAGGAUGAUGGGGAAGAGGACGAGAACGAAGAACCCGAGUCUGUGGUCCAAGAGGCUCAGGUGAGGCGCGGUUUACGCUGGCGCUCUUGGAUUCCUCUUCCCACCAGAUUGUUACAGGCACGAUCUUACCAAAGAUUGGUUUCCGUUAAUGCGGAUGAUGUGUUGGAGAAUGACCCUUUGAUUAAAAGUGAGCCUAAGAAGCGCCCGGGGUUUCAAUCUUUACUUCCCCUUUCUGGCAAGCGAGUGAAAGGAUAG